GGACUGAAAUUGCGCCGACCUUGGCUGUAACCCAUUUCUAUCAUGCUCGAAAACGGGCCGGGUCCAUACAUGUGAUGUCCAAAACCCAGCAGCUCGGUGAAAUGACAAUUUUGCCUGCUUUGGCGGGAAAAAUUCCCAUUGAAGUCAUCGAUGGGAACAGUGGGAACCCUUCAAACUGAGGCGGGGAGAAAAAAAAAAAAACCAUACAUAAACCGUCACCGAUUAUUCGUCUUUAGCAGAAAUCGCCCAAAUUCUCUGUGACAGAUAUCUUCCGAGCAAGAGAAAUUUUCCGAUUAAACUCACAGCAAUGCCUGAAACUCGCCAGAUGAGAAGGAUGACCAGCAAGGUUGAGAAGAAACCAGACCUUAACGACGUAGUAUGCAUUUCCGAGGGCGAGGAAGAGGAGGACGACUCCCCGCCGGAAAUCGAAAUUCAGAAGAAAAUGCUCCGGCAGCGCUGGGAGUUAGCCUCCGUCCUCAAUUUCUUCAAUGUUUUUGAGCCUGUAAUUCAGAGCAAUUUGAAGAUUUCAGCUGAAGAAAUUGAGACUGCUUUGAUUGAACCAAAUGAUGCCCUUGCGCAGCUUCAUCUUGUGCUUCUGAAGGUUUUCUUGCUCACUCCUCUCUUUUUUGUCCUUUUUGUUCGUGUUCGCAAAUAAAUGCAAACUGACGCAAAUGAAAAUGAUAGAUUCAAUACAUGAGUUUCGCUUACACAUGAGAAAGGAGGGUUUUUCUCUUGAAUGGAUAUGGGACAAAUUGAACCAUUGUCUAAAUAUGCAUCUUUGUUUCUUUCAAUGGAAUGUUCUGUUGAUGGUCGAGUCUCACUGUUUAGUCUGGUCGAUGUCCACCAGCCAUGGCUCCUGCUCCACCUCCCUCCCAGAGAAAUUAAAAAAAUGGAGUUUAUAUUUAAAAUAAGUAGUGAGGUGUUUCCAGAUAGAAAAAAAAACUUGAUAUGCAGUCACAAACUGAGGAUAAGCUACAACUAAUUCUUAGGCAACUAGACUAAUUAUGUUCGGUUAAAGUUACCGUUUUAUUUUGAAUAUUUUUAGCACUUUGAAUUUAUUUUCAGGGAGUGGCCCCAUCAAGCAAAAUGCUGAAGGUUUCUGAUGCCUGGGUGUCUGUACUAGCUAAGAAACUUGAGUCCUGGUGGCCAUGGGUUGCAGAAGGAGAAUUCCCUUUGACCGCUACAAAAGGAGAAGAGAUGAACAGAUAUAAGGAACUUGAUCCUGCCAUUCGUCUCCGUAUUCUUAAAGCACUUUGUGAACUGCGAGCUGAUCGAGAUGAUAUAGUGACUUACAUCAAUGAUUCCAUGAAAAAUGGAACUGGACCUUGUCCUUUUCAGAAAGAGAAGCUUGGGGAAGAUGGAAAAGGGACUUUGUACUGGUGUGAUGGAAAUGAAGAUAUUGGUUAUAGAUUGUACAAGGAAGUUCAAGUUGCGCUGAAGCCAAAAGUUAAAGGUGAGGUAGACAGACUUGGCAUCAUCUCUCAGUGGGAGACACUUGCAACCAAUCUGGAGGAGUUUCACAAAGCAGUGUGCAAGUUCUCAUCUAGCAAAGUUCAGUUGGAGGUGAAGGUGGCAAAAGCUGUAGAAGCUGAUGUUUUACCGACUCUUGAAAGACUUCAGAAGAAGAAAGAAAGGGUGCUGAAACAACAGAAGAAACAAGAGAAGCUUAUGGCCGCUUUGCGCAACUCUAGAGUGAUUCGCAUGGGUCGUAAUCGUACACGAAGGCCUGUCAGCUACAAAUUUGAAGACUAUGACAAAGCUAUUGAAGAGGCAAUAGAAGUAACCCAGCAGAAAAAGAUAUCUAGGCGAAGAUAUGGAGGAGAACGUGAACCUGCCUACACAAGUGGCAGUGAGUCUGUUGAGAGUGACUCCAGUUCUGAGGAUCAUCAAGGUGUCAAUGAAGAUCAGAAUGCAAAUGAUGAGCGUGAAGAUGUCAGGUGUGAUCACGACAACCAUUUUAACAAUCUGAACGUGGAAGAAAAUAAUGUUGGCGAUACAAAGAGUUGGCCUGUCCGUAGAACCAAUGCAUCGCGCUGCAAUGAAGGAUUUGCUGGAAAUAUUGACAUGAAUGUUGAUGAGUCUGGGACGAGCUUAACUCCGAAGCAGAAACUCAGGAAACGACCUACUACUAGUACAUCUGUCAAGUCUUCUAUGAUCUCUGAUGCAGAAGAUGAAAACUCUUAUGAAGAUGCGAACAAAAGAAUCAGAGUUUGUGGAAACUCAUCUGAAGUUGCUAGCACCGACGAGGAUGAUUUUAGCAGGUAGAAAUAUGUCUGGUCUAAGACGAGAAAUGUCAUUACCUCGGGGGACUCAGAAAAUGAGCACUAAUUUUGGUAUACAUAUGUAAAAAGUUUUUGUUGGCAGGAAUGAAACAAUGGUAGCCUGUUUUGGAUUAGUCUAAAAGUAGGAAUGUGCUGAAAUCCAUCAAAUUAACAGACAUUUUAGGAGCUUCACGAAGCUGUUUUGGCUCAAAUGUGAUGAUGAUAUUUGUUCGUCCUUCUCCUUCAUUUGGUUGAUGCAUUCUCUCCUCACAUCUGCACUUUGUUGAUAAACGGGAUUCAUCUUUUGUUCAUGGAACGCGUAGAUGAUAGAUCUUUGGUGGUGGGUAAACCCAUGAUUAAUGAAUUAAGUUGUUCCAAG